CCUGUGGCGCGAUAAAGAAACAACGAUACAAGGGUUAGAAAAGGUUUAUUCGCGGAGAAAAUUUGGAAUGUCGCGUUUAUGAACUGUUUAUGAGUAGCUGUAUAUUUGCACGUUAUUGUCUCGAACGCGCGUCGACGGAUAGGUGUAAUUGUUAUAUUUUGUAGGGAGUGAACGAUGGCGAUAUCGAUAUUUCUAGAAGCGCAAUUAUGUCUCUACAGGAUGACCUAUUGGUAGGACAUGGUAUUUGUCACGUAGGCAGUCGCAUACAAGAAUCAGCGCCUCUGUAGAUAACAUAUAGAACUUUCCGUAACGAAUUGCGAUCGUGUUGGAAAAGUGUACGGAACGUGGAAUGUACGGCCAACGAGAUAUCGUUAUACGAAACGGGAACAAAAGAAUUUAUAUAUUUGUAAAAUAAUAACAGAAAAAAGGUCUGCUGGAUGUUGUCCAUACACAUGAAAUCGUCAACCAAUGUUUUGAUACACCACACGGAAUUUAUGCGAACUAAAGAGUACAGUUACCGUUGAAUGACGUGUUCCACAUAUUUCUCAUUUGUAAAUUGUAAAUAUAUUGUAACUACUAGAUAAUAUAACGAACGUGUAGCCAUGACCGACGAAAUGAAAUUAGAUCACCGUGCAAAAAAACGAAUUAGAGAUGUUAAACGAAAGGCAAGGCCAGAACUCGGGGAUAAAGCAGGUUGGACUCAACAUGGCUACAGUAAAAGAUUCGAGCCUUUUUGGAAUGUUAAUGAUAAUGUAGAUCGUAUCGAAGAAUCCAAAGUAUCCGACGAGGAGUUUAUAGAGAAAUAUGAGAAACCCUACAAGCCUGUGAUAAUACGAGGUGUUCAAGAUAGCUGGAAAGCCCAAUACAAAUGGACUAUAGAGAGAUUAGUAAAGAAGUACAGGAAUCAAAAGUUUAAAUGUGGAGAAGACAAUGAUGGAUUUAGUGUUAAAAUGAAAAUGAAGUACUAUGUACGUUAUUUGCUUAACAAUGAAGAUGAUUCACCUUUGUAUAUCUUUGAUAGUUCGUUUGGAGAACAUCCUAGGCGAAAAAAAUUGUUAGAAGAUUAUGUUAUUCCUAGAUACUUUCGCGAUGACCUUUUCCAAUAUGUUGGUGAGCAUCAAAGACCGCCAUAUCGUUGGUUUGUUAUGGGACCUGCAAGGUCUGGUACUGGUAUUCAUAUUGAUCCAUUAGGGACCAGUGCAUGGAAUGCACUGGUUUCAGGACAUAAACGUUGGUGCCUCUUUCCUACGCAUACUCCUAGAGAACUUUUGAAGGUGUCUGGAGCUGAGGGUGGUAAACAAAGGGAUGAAGCUAUUACAUGGUUUUCUAUUAUUUAUCCUCGCACAAAGUUACCUACCUGGCCACAGGAUUGUUUGCCAAUUGAGAUUUUACAGAAUCCUGGUGAAACAGUUUUUGUUCCUGGUGGCUGGUGGCAUGUUGUUUUAAAUCUUGAUAGAACUAUAGCAGUUACACAAAACUUUUGUUCUCGUACCAAUUUUCCAGUAGUUUGGCAUAAAACGGUACGGGGGAGACCAAAAUUAUCACGCACGUGGUUGAAACUACUCAGGAGUAAAGAACCAGAAUUGGCAGCCCUAACGGAGACUAUAGACGUGAAGGAAGACACGGGCGUUGCCAGCGAUUCUUCCAGCGGCUCAUCAAGCAGUGUUACUACUACUACCAGUAGUAGUAGUCAAUCGGAAGACGAAAGUGCAGAUGAUAGUGGACAAGAAUCAUUGACAGCAUACAAAAAGAAGAAGAGAAGAAAACUAAAUAACAGCCAACCCUGACAAUAUCAAGCAUUUGGGACCUACAGAGACCUCAGACUGUACAGUAUUAAUCAACAAUUAUUGUUUGUACUAAGAGUAAAUAUAAUUAUUACCACCUUCAUGUUCAUAAUAAAAUAAAUGCUAGGUAAUACCAAAGUUAUUCUUAUUAAAUAAAUUCGUUUAUAUCCUACGC